ACUCCUCCCUCCUCCUCCUUCUGUCUCCUCCCUUCUCCCUGGUCUUUAGGGGAGAUCUGUGCAUUUAAUAUCCAAGGACUGGAGGCCCCGUUCGAGGCAGUGGUUCUGAACGGGACGUCCGGAGAGGGCCAGCUGAGGGCCCGGGGCCUGGUGGACUGCGAGCUGCAGAAGGAGUACACCUUCAUCAUCCAGGCCCACGACUGUGGCUCUGGCCCCGGGGGCACGGAGGUCAAAAAGUCCCACAAGGCGGUGGUGCACAUUCAGGUGAACGAUGUGAAUGAGUUUGCCCCGGUGUUUCGGGAGUCCGAGUACCGAGCCGCGGUGACGGAGGGAAAGAUUUACGACAGCAUCCUGCAGGUGGAGGCCACGGACCAGGACUGCUCCCCGCAGUACAGCCAGAUCUGCAACUACCAGAUCUCCAGCACCAACACACCCUUCGCUAUCGACCGCAACGGUAACAUCAGGAACACGGAGAAGCUGAGUUUCGACCGGCAGCAGCAGUUUGAGAUCCAGGUGACGGCGUGGGACUGCGGGCAGAAGAGAGCGCUGCACAGCGUGCCGGUCCACAUCAACGUCAAGCCCGUCUGCAAACCUGGCUGGCAAGACUGGAGUAAGCGAGUGGACUAUGAGCCAGGAACAGGAAGUAAGCAGCUGUUUCCCAAAAUGCACCUGGAGACGUGUGGCGGGCCGCUUUCCUCGGUGAGGACGACAGUGGAGCUGCAGAACAACCACAUCGGGAAAGGAUGUGACCGUGAGACCUACUCUGAGAAAUCUCUGCAGAAACUCUGUGGGGCCUCGUCGGGCAGCACUGACCUCCUGCCGGCCCCCAGCGCCUCCACUAACUGGACGGCUUCCCUGGUGACGGACAGCGGGCGGGACAGCGAUCUGAUCUUCAGGUUCGACGGUCAUCAGGCGGCUAAGAUCCCCGACUGGGUGGUACCGCAGAAUCUCACGGACCAGUUCACCAUCGCCACCUGGAUGAAGCACGGACCCACGCCUGGGCUCAGAGCGGAGAAGGAGACGCUGCUGUGUAACUCCGACAAGACUGAGAUGAACCGUCAUCACUACUCGCUGUACGUCCAUAACUGCCGCCUGGUGUUCCUGCUGAGGAGAGACUUCACCCAGGUGGACACCUUCAGACCGGCUGAGUUUCACUGGAAACUGGAGCAGAUCUGUGACAAGGAGUGGCAUUACUACGUCAUCAACGUGGAGUUCCCGGUGGUCACGCUCUACGUGGACGGAGUGACCUACGACCCCUACCUGGUGACCGACGAUUGGCCCAUCCACCCCUCUCAGAUCGACAUGCAGCUCACAGUGGGCGCCUGCUGGCAAGGUGGCGAGGUGACGAAGCCGUGGUUCACUCAGUAUUUCCGGGGCAGCCUCUCCGGACUGACCAUCCGACCGGGGAAGAUCGAGAGUCAGAAAGUCAUUUCCUGUCUGCAGGCGUGCAAAGAGGGACUGGACAUCAACUCCCUGGAGAGCCUGGAUAAAAACAUUAAGUUCCACUUCAACCCGGCUCAGUCUAUCUUGGUAAUGGAGGGAGAGGACCUGGAAAACAUGAACACCGCUGUGAGGAAAGUCGCCUACAUAAACUCUCGUCAGUUUCCCACACCAGGCAUCCGGCGUCUGCACAUCUCCACCACCGUCCAGUGUUUUGGUGAAGACACUUGCAUCAGCAUCCUGGACAUCGAUGCGGUGGUGAUGGUGCUGCAGCCCUCUGAGCCCCGGAUCACCAUCACCGGCCUGGAGAGACUGAAUCUGCCGACCUCUGACCUCCAGGAACCAGAAGGAGUCGCUCUGUUCCAGGACCUCCACGUCAUCAGCACCGUCACCAGGGCAGACGCCGCUGCGCAGCACACAGCACACCGACCGGGGGUGCAGGAGGAGAUCAUUCAUAACUUGGACUACUGUGAUGUUCUGGUUCUGGGCGAGGAGCUGAGGCCGGAGCAGGAGUCGCUCCAACUUCAGCGCAGCGCUCUGCUCGGGAAACAUCUCGACGCCACCAACUCCACAUCUGGCAUGUCCAUAUACGGUGUGGACUCCAUGUCUAACUACGAGCAGGUGAUCCGACAGGUGCGCUACUAUAACCUGCGGCCCGGUCAGAUGACAGAGAGACGGUUUCGCCUCACCUGCUCCGAGCUCAACGGACGCUACACCAGCAACGAGUUCGACCUGGAGGUGAGCGUGCUGCACAGUUCAGACGCAGGGGAGCAUGUCAAUCACAUGGUAGCCCCGCCUCAGUACAUGCAGGUGGUGCACCAUCCGUCCAUGAUGCACGACCUCUACCCCAGCCACAGCUCAGCCGUGCCCAGUGCUGCCACCCUGGUGAUCGUGAUGUGCAUCGCUGCCCUUGUGGUGGUGGUGGUGUUCGGGAUCUACCGGAUCCACCUGACCCACCAGCAGGAGGGGAGGCUGGGGGAGACGGCUAGAGAGGCGGAGGGGAGCUGGGACGACUCGGCUCUCACCAUCACCGUCAACCCCAUGGAGAACCUGAAAGAGCCUCAGGCUGCAGAGGAGGAGGAAGAGGAGGAAGAAGAAGAAGAGGAGGAUGAUGAGGAGGAGGAGGAAGAUGACAUCACCAGCGCUGAGUCAGAUGACAGCGAGGAGGAAGUGGACGUCCAGCUACCCAGGAUGCAACGCUCGAGCAAGAUGGGCCAAAACUGGGACAAAACAACGAUAUCUUAUUGAAGCACACACUCCCAGUCACACGCACGCACGCACACACACACACACACACACACAUCCACACACACACAUCCUGCAACACGGCCAUACGGAAACCUCAAAUCAGAUGGUGGAAACAAAAAGACUUUAUGUGAUGUUGAUGCUCUAAAUAUGAGGUAAUACCGCCCCCCCUACUGGAACACUUCACUGAAACACACACAGUCAGAAAACCUCCCGUUUUAUACAGCUGAUAAAAAAAUAUCUGACCCUAAAACUUUAUCCGUCUUAAAGGGACAGCUCGCCAAAUUUACGUCAUCCCCUGAGACUCAAAUGAUCUCUCUCCCAUUACACCACCACUACGUUAAAUACAGUUUUAUUUAAUUUGGUCAAUGUGUCUCUCUAAUUUGUUAAUACAUCUCUGGUGUCCCAUAUUAAUGCAAAACAGUCUUUAUUUAAGAAAACUGAGUUGCAAAAGCAAAGGAAGUGACUAUUUUUGGUUUGUAUACUUCAUGUUAUUUAUCAGUCUUUAUUCUAUAGCCUCUGUGGCAAAGCCAGGUGAUUUUACAGAAAUAGCAUAUUUUCAAUGGUACUCAAAAAAAAAAAAAAAGAUGAUCUGUGUGUAGUCAUGGUGAUCUAGAAAAGGGGUCUGAGUUUCGGGGAAGGACAGAGGAGUCUCCUUGUACAUUUUUAUACGCUCCUUUCUUGUAAAUAGUGAGUAUAGUAGGUGACCCCCUCCCCCACCCCACUCCCAAACACCACUUUCUCCCCCCAGAAACCCUCCUCUCCACCUGUAUACAACACACAUGACAUCCAUCAUAUGUAUGUUCCCACCAUGGACCGUGAGCAGGAGGUAAAGCUGCGCUGGGAACGUUUUAACAGACGCUUCAGAUGUAGUCCAAAAGAUCGGAUUGAAUCUCCGUCUCAGGUGUGGUCACAGCAGCGAGGUCCGAGUACUCAUUGCUACACCUUUACAGCACCAUCAAAGUCCUGCUUUCAUUAAUGCUGCAUUGUAGAGAUGUUCACUGUGAGGCAUCGUCACUUUUUAAAAGGGUAAUUCAUGUGUAGAGACAUCAGAGGGUCACACAUUGAUUCGCAGACUGAAAACUCACCUGUUUCCUCUGCUUCGUAGAUAAAAAAGAGAUAGGAGGUGUUGUGGUUGUUCUUCACGGUUGAAGGCACUUGUCACCUUGGAUAAAAGCAUCAGCUAAAUGAAAUAAAAUAUAAUAAAUAAACAGGCCCUUGACAUUUGAAUUAAUGGAAGAUAAAAUGUAAAAAAAACAACUUGACAAAGAUAUAUAUUUUUGAGGCCAUUAUCAUGAAAUGCAUUAGAUCAAUUCGAUAUAUGUGUUUAGUUGUUUUUUCCAUACAACAAUAUAUGUUUCUAAUGGGUCAUUUUCACAUUUCGAUCAAGGAUAAUAUAGAAUAUCAUAAUUAUAAAAUGUAGUUAGAAACACUAAAACACGUUUUUUAAUAGUUAAACUACGAAGAAAGACAAACCAACAAGAAAUGGUAUGAGAGAUAUGUACACAGGCACACAUAUGUAAAUAAUAUUAAUAUAUAUUAAAACAACUAAAAUAAAGUUGAUAAAACUAGAGAACUAUUAUAAUUAACAGUAAACCUGCACUACUUUAAAAUAUAACAAUAUCAAAUAUUAUAAAAGCUAUAUGAUUACUAUAAUGAGGUGGCACUGAUACAGCUGAAUAAUGGGGCUAGUAGUGGCUCGAAACACAACUCCAUAGCAUGCACUUUAUUUAAACACCCUAUCACUUUUGUAAUUUACUGAUAAUGGUAGCUAGCUUAUGCUGCCAGAUCUCACAGAACAGAACAAACCGAGCUGUCCCAUGGAAACAUAAUAUUUGUUUAGACUUUACCUGCAAGAAACUUUUCCAACAGCUAACUUAGAAUGAAAUGCAGCGUUAAUGAAAGAAAUGUGGGUCUAGAGGUGAUGUCAGGCUACAUAAAUCCCAUUUCAUGAGCAGCAGUUGGUGCCGCUGAAUUGCAAAGGUGACGUGCAUUUGGCUGUGUCACAUCAACGUAAUGACAAAACCCAGCGGAGGGUUCCUCACCUUGAAGGGAAAGGGCAUUCAUCUCUGGCUGUGGCCGUCCUGAGUCUGUCUGUAUCGUUUGGGAGCAAAGAAUCCGCAAACAAUAGAAAAAUGAGUACCAUGUGACGUGUUUAGUGGCUAAAGUCGGCCACAGAUAAAACCAGGUUUGUUAAACUCACAACCACUAGAGAGUUUCCUCCAACUUACUGUGUCUCAAUUUGCAUACUUUGAGUGAAAGUUCACACUAUAAAUACCCAAAUGGUGCACUCAUAACAUUUAAAAAGUUGAGUGAAAAACGCUGGACACUUCUCACUCUCAACAACCGCCAUCUUGGCUACUUAAUGCUAGUUCAGCUGCUAUUGUGGUUGCUUUAAUGAACACAGCACUAUACAAAUAAAAGUUAGACAUGUGGGUUUUAUUCCCCUAUUUACUAUAGAUGAAAGCAGCGCUACGUCACUAUCUCCAAAUACAUUGUUUAAUUGUUUGCCAGUCUGACCAUCGUAAUUGGGCUCCUUGUAGAUUAAAAAAAAGUCGCACAUUUGGAUUUACUGCCAAUCAAAUGACAGCGGGUCGUUUCACACAAAAAGGGGCGUGGCCUUACUUCGAGGAAAAGUAGUGGACAUGUUGAUCUCGUCUAAACCUUAACCUACCACUAUACUGGUGUCGAAAAUAAGCCACCAUUACUUUUAUUGGGUGAAUUAAAGUAAUGAUUUGCUACCGUGAAAAACUAGAUAGCUGGCUAACAACGACAGCACAGCAGCGGUCUUUUACAAUUUGAAACAUCACAACCCGGUCGAUAUCCACACAAACAACAUGGCAGUGUUUCAGUAAAGUAUCAGAUCGAGACACAGCUCUAGUGAGGUGUAGCUGGAGAACCUGCUGUAUGUUUAACUGUAGCUAUAUGUUCAUGUAAAUAUCCCAUAUGUUGUUUAAGAGUUUUCCUCAUCUACUGUGACACCUGUUCUCGUGCCGUCGCCCCCCUCCUUGCACCCCCCCCCCCCCCCCCCCCCCCCCCCCACUAAAACCGUUGGUGGAUUUUGCAUCGACCCCCCGCCCUAAUGUUGUCCUUCCUGACGUUUGUUUUAGAAAGAGGAGGACCGUGAAAAUAACAUGGAUACCUUGUACAGUAUAAUGUGUAAAAGUUUUGUUUUUUUAAGUUUUCCGUUUUUCUUUCUGGACUCUUUGGUCUGUUUUUCUUUGCAAUGGUCACUACAGCACUUUCUGUAAAUUGGCCAAUAAAAAGUUGUUUUUGAAUCUA